GGAGGAUGAGGAAAUGCAUCGCCUAUCUCCGGAUGAAGUCAAGAAGGAAGACCUGAAAGGAAACUUCGGAAAUCAAGGAAGCCCCAUGAGGCAGAAAGGAAGCCAUACACUCAAGAAGGGGGAUCAACCCAUUCCUUGCCAAGGGGGGGAUUUCCAUGAAGUAAUUCACAUGGUGGAGGAAACGUACAACUGCUUGGAAUGUGGAAUGAACUUCUCCGAUCAAACCGAAUAUAAUACCCAUUUGGAAAAUCAUAGUGGAAAAAAGACCCAUCAAUGCCUGGAAUGUGGAAAGAGCUUCCUUUGUAGAACAGAACUAAUUAGCCAUCUAAGAACACAUGCAGGAGAGAAACAUAGUUGCCCAGACUGUGGUGAGAGUUUCUCACAGGAAUCAGACCUUAUUGAACACCAAAGCAUUCAUUCAGAAGAUAAGCCAUUGAUCUGCUCAGAGAGUGGAAUUAUAUUCUCUGAUGGAAGUCCGGGAAAUCUACAUUUCCCAAGUAACAUCAUAAUGGAGGCAUGUAAAUGCUUUCGGUGUGGAAUGUACUUUGAAUACAGAUCACAGCUCCUUGUGCACCAAGAAAUACACGCAGGGGAGACAGGUUUUGAAUACCCGGAAUGUGGAAAGAGAUCGAGUGACAACGGCAAUUUUCAACAGCAUCUAAAUACCCUCACAAAGGAGGAAGCUUUUGACUUCUCAGAUUGCAGCCAGCAAUUUAGCUUCAGUUCAAAUCUUCUAACGCAUCAAAGCACCCACACAGGGGAAAAACCUUUUGAAUGCUCAGAGUGUGGGAAGAGAUUCCGUCACAGACGUAGUCUUCAACAGCACCUAAAAAUCCACAGCGGUGACAAUCCUUUUGAGUGCUUAGAGUGUGGGAAGAGAUUCAGUCGGAGUGGCCAUCUUCAGCUGCAUCACAGAACCCACACAGGGGAGAAACCUUUUGAAUGCCCAGUGUGUGAAAAGAGAUUCAGCAACACAGGUGGCCUUCAAAAGCACAUACGAGUCCACACAGGGGAAAAGCCUUUUGAAUGCUCAGAAUGUGGAAGGAGAUUCAGUCUGAGUGGUGAUCUGCAACAGCAUCUAAGAACCCACACGGGGGAGAAACCUUUUGAAUGCUCAGAGUGCAGUAAGAGAUUUGGUCGGAGCAGCGAUCUGCAGCAACAUCUAAGAACCCACACAGGGGAGAAACCAUUCGAAUGUUCAGAGUGUGGAAAGAGAUUCAUUCGGAGUAGCCAUCUAAAACAGCAUGUAAGAACCCACACAGGGGAGAAACCUUUCGAAUGUUCAGAGUGUGGGAACAAAUACAGUCAGAUUUAUGACCUUCAAGAGCACUUACGAGUUCACACAGGGGAGAAACCUUUUGAAUGCUCAGUAUGUGGAAAGAGAUUUAGGUUGCGUGGCAGUCUUCAGCGACAUGAAAGAAUCCACACAGGGGAGAAACGUUUUGAAUGUUCAGAGUGUGGAAAGAGAUUCAGGUUGAGUGGCAGUCUUCAACUGCAUCAAAGAACCCACACAGGGGAGAAACCUUUUGCAUGUUCAGUGUGUGGAAAAAGAUUCGGUCAGAGUAGCCAUCUGCGACAGCAUCAAAAAACCCACACAGGGGAGAAACCUUUUGAAUGCUCAGAGUGUGGGAAAAAAUACAGUCGAGGUUACGACCUUCAACUGCACAUAAGAAUCCACAAAGGUGAAAAACCUUAUGAAUGUUCUGAUUGUGGAAAGGUAUUCAGUCAGAGUUGCGAUCUUCAGCGGCAUCAAAGAACCCACACAGGGGAGAAACCCUUUGAAUGCUCAGUGUGUGGAAAGAGAUAUAGUCAGAGUGGUCCUCUGAAAAAGCAUCUAAGAACCCACACAGGGGAGGGAGCUUUUGAAUGCUCAGAUCUUGGGACGAGAUUCAGUGAGAGCGGAAAUCUUCACCAGCAUCUGAGAACUCACACAGGGGAAGAAACGUUUUGAGUGCUGAGAGUGUAGAAAGAGAUUCAGUCACAGGUGGCAAUCUCGUACUGCAUCAGAGAACCCACACGGGGAGAAACUUUUGGAAAGCUCACAGUGCGGAAGAAAAUUCAGUCAGAGUGUCAGUCUUCAAAGCCAUCAAAUAAUCUUCAUGGGAGAAACCUUUUGGGUGCUCAGAGUGUGGAGAC